AUGAACAAACCACAAAUAGGAAUCGAUCGUGUUUUAACUAAACGAGAACAUAACGCAAUCCUUACAUACCUUAGUACUACGGAAGUAAUCAAAUUUUCAAUGAUAAACCAUUUUUGUCAAGACGCCGCUUUGUCAAUAACAAAACACACCACUCCACACGCAAACGUUCUUUUUCUAACUGAAAAAUUCCCGUUGCUGACUCAAAUCAAUUGUAGACUUUCUAACCUCCCCGUUAAAACACAACUACCAACCUAUGUUAGACUCGAAAUUCUUUGCGACAGUAAUGUGCUUAAAUCUACACUCGAAUUUCACGCAGAAUGUGUUGAAGAGUUAUCAGCAAAGGAUUCUGAUUUGUACAUUCCGUUUCCUUCAUUUCCACACUUGACGUCGUUGUGUGUAAGAUACACCCAAAAGUUUUCUGAAUUUUUGCCACAAACAAUCCAAGCAUUACCAAAGCUGAAAAAACUUUCCCUUUCAUCUAUCACAACUGAUAUGUUCACAUCAAUUACUUCACUGACAACAUUCACUGAUUUGAAAGAUGUUAAGAUAGAUUUUCUUGAAUUAAAACGAACAACACUUUCCAAUUUUAUGGAUGCACUUAAUAACAUGCCAAACAUCGAUUUUGUUGUGACAAUCCAUAUGAACACAUUCCAAACGUUGGGCUAUGAUCAGAUUGACAGUGUUUUAGACUCAAACAUAAACACAACAGUCUUCUUUCACAACGUGGAUCUACGCGACGUGUCGGCGAAAGAUACGUGGGAGUAUAUCAUGGCAAAGGUGUAUGGUGACCCCCUCAAGUUUUUCUUGGUCUUUACACCAACCAAAUUCCCGUGGUUUAACCAAGAGAUGAUGAACUUCUUCUUGUCCAAGUACCUCCCAGACUAUCCACAAAUGACAGUAACUCGGCGGCUUGAAGAGAGGGUUGAAGCACUCGAAUUAUAUGACAAGGUGGAAUUUACACGACCACCCAAAGACAUUUCUUUGUGCAAUGGGUUGAGUGACGUCUUAAUCGAAGUUGGAUACGGAGAGAAGACCCGACGAGAGAGGUUUGAGUUGGACAUGUCUCGGUGUCCCUCAGUCACCAAACUUGCAGUGGAGAGUCUCGAAAUACCCCGAUUUGUUCUUGGGCCAAAUCUGAAAGAACUCGAAAUUCGUAAAUCCCUUUUCUUAAUUGGAGACUUAACCAACGAUGGACUGACAAAACUCAUUCUCAAAGAAGAUAACUUCGAUGACUUACUUAUUUCAGAGCACUUGUGCUCUCUUGAGGUCCACCAAUGCACAUCAAAGGGCAACGGUGUACUUCUUGGAAAAUGCACGACACUUUCAGAAAUACUUUUUGAUGGAUUUUCCUCUAAUAUCUCUUCGUCCAUUCCGUUAAACUCAAUCUCGGUCACUCUCAAAAACAUCUCAGGGAAUUAUGAGAUGUUGGAUUUUUCGAAAAGUGAAAAGUUGAGGUUUCUCAAAAUUGAGAACAUGACCGGUUUGGGCACUUUGAUUAUUCCGUCUUCUUUGGUGUCUCUUGACCUUUUCCAAGUCGGGGUUUCGCAAGUUGACACUUCCCAGAUUUUAAAACUGACAAACGUUUUGUUGGGAGAUUGCUCAAAACUUGAAACAAUGAUUUUGUCGUCUUCUGUAAGCACUUUGGAGUUGAAAAAAUGUUAUAUAAAACAUUUUUCGGUGAUGAAUGGGGAAAUGAUGUAUAAUCAAGUUAGUAAGAUUAAAGUCAGUGAAAUGGCUGUUUGCCCGACUUUUGGGGCUUUUCCGAAUCUUAAGGAGAUUGAGAUGAGUGAGUCCAUUGUUGACAACACCAUUGUUUUUCCACAAAAACUCAAGAAAUUUACAGGAACUAAUUGUAUCAUGCAAAGUUUGAAUUAUGCAGCGUGUACAGAGUUAUCAGAGAUUUGUACGUUUGAUGUGUACGCAAAAGAAACGAACUUCCCCAACUCACUGGAGGACCUUCACUUGACAUAUUUAUCUUCGUUGGUUCCCGAGUUAAAGAGUUUGAAUCACUUAACUAAACUGACUAAUGUAUCCAUAUCAUGUGUUCGAUGUUCAGAACUUGAUCUUUCGUACUCAACCAACCUCCAAAAACUCGAAGUACUUGGUGUUAAUUUUACGACAACAAAACUACCUGUCUCACUUAAAGAAAUGUCACUCAAAUUUAUACUUAACCCACUCACGCUCUUCGACUUUAAUAACCUCACGUUACUAACUUCACUGGAAAUUCGGACAUGUUCGCCUAAAGUGCUUACACUUCCAACAUCAUUGAAUUCCCUCUCCAUAAACUGCUCACCACAAGUCGUGGUUGAGAAAAGUAUGAUUGAACCUUUGUCAUUGCUGACCCAACUAAUUCUUAUUGAUGUAACCCUCCCAACCCCUAUUAUUGUCGACGAUUUCCCAAUGAUCAACAACCUUUCUACAACAAUUCUUAUCCGCAAAAGUGGUUCUUCAGUAUAUUAG